UGAAUGAAUUUUUCUUUGCUAUUACGUCGAAUAAUGACAAAAUAAAUCAAACGCAACUGCUUUCCAGCGGGAAAGAGGAAAAAGAAAAUCCUUCUCUCUUGUAGUUGCGUUUGAUGUUUUUAUUUUUUAUUUUUGCCUUCCCUGUUCCUCUUUCCUUUAUCGCGUAACUUUUUAUUCUCUAAAGCUCUGACAAGGUUCUUCCUCUUCACCUAGCGAAUUUCAGAAAGUUCUCCGAUUCAAAAACCUAACUAUCUCAAUCCACCAAAGAUUCAGAGAUUCUGUAUCAUAAGGUUUGAUGUCGUUUACAAUAGACGGCAUGCCGUCUUUCUUGUAAACGAUAGCAAACCUUACUAUACACCAACGACGAAGGUCAAAGAGUCUGCUUGUAUGCUUACCAAAUCCAAUCCGAUCGUCAAACAGACCACCAAUAUGGCCGAGAAGACGGAUCAGCAACCGAGUCGCGACGAGCUUGCCGAGUCGCUCAACGAUCUCUUCACCAGCGUAUUCGCCAUGGUCAAGUCCGAGCUUCAGGGCACGAACAACCAGCUGGAGCUGUUGGAGAAGAUGAAUCUGCGAGUAGGGGAGGAAUACAAAGGCUACGGAGACGUGGCGUCCGGGCUGAGGGUGUUUGUAGAGCAACUGAAGUCCAAAAGCGGAAGCUUCGAUGAAUACGCGCAGAAAAUAGAGACAAUUGAUCAACAAGUCACUGAAUUUGAAGCUGUGAUUUCAAUGCUCGAUCGAUAUGUGUCUGCGUUGGAAUCUAAACUUCAAUCUGCUUGUCAUAUUCCAUCUCCUUCCUAACUCAUCAGUUGUUUACCUUUUUCUUAAUUUAUUUUUAUUUUUUCUUGAUGA